AUGACCGGACCAGGUGCUCCUGGCCGGCUGAGGCUGGAGGGGCCGCUCUGUCUCGUGUCUCCCCCAGCCUUCAUCUCGGCCGGCCUGAGCACGCUGCCCGCCUCCGAGGCUUACCCGCUGUGCGGCCCCGAGUGGGCAGCCCGGCCGGGCCCCCCCGCGGGGUGCGGCCCGGAGGCGGCCCCGCCCCGGCCGGGCUGGAAGAACCCCCACGUGUCCAACGUGACGGUGCAGCUGGAGAUGAAGAGCCUGUGGGAGGAGUUCAACCGGCUGGGCACCGAGAUGAUCGUCACCAAGGCGGGAAGGAGGAUGUUCCCCACGUUUCAGGUGAAGAUCCUGGGCAUGGACUCCCUGGCCGACUACGCCCUGCUCAUGGACUUCAUCCCCCUGGACGACAAGCGGUACAGGUACGCCUUCCACAGCUCCACGUGGCUGGCGGCCGGCAAGGCGGACCCGGCCACACCGGGCAGGCUGCAUUUCCACCCUGACUCCCCCGCCAAGGGCGCCCAGUGGAUGCGCCAGAUCGUCUCCUUCGACAAGCUGAAGCUCACUAACAAUCUGCUGGACGAUAACGGCCACAUCAUUCUUAACUCCAUGCAUCGCUACCAGCCGCGAUUCCACGUGGUGUUUGUGGACCCCCGCAAGGAUAGCGAGCGCUACGCCCAGGAAAACUUCAAGUCGUUCAUCUUCUCUGAGACUCAGUUCACAGCUGUGACAGCCUACCAGAACCACAGGAUCACUCAGCUGAAGAUCGCCAGCAACCCCUUUGCCAAAGGCUUCCGAGAGUGUGACCCGGACACCUGGCCUAGGGCCCCAAGGCCUGUGCUCAGCCCCAUACCCCAAAGCAGCCGGCCACUGAAGGACCACCACCGGGAAGAGCUAGAGCUGGACAAGCACGGCCAGAGCUUCUGCCCCAAACUCUCCACCCCUGCCUCCCGGACGGGCCCCCAGCUCCACCGCCACCCAGCAGGCCCUGCACUGUCCAGAGGGCUCUCCGGGGCACCCGGCACCGUCCACCUGGCCCCAGAGGCCCUCCUGGCUCCCCCCGGCUGCCCAUCCGUCUCCUACCACGGCCUAUAUGUCGGGGCCUCGGUCAGGACCCGCCCAGCUCCCUACCCUUUCCCUGAGACCAAGGUGCUGGGGAGCCAGGAAGCCCUCCCGCUCCGGCCUCCUCAAGGAGCCCUGGGCCUCCUGGCAAGCAGCCGGGGCCAAGAGUAAGCAGCUGGGCCAGUCCUGGGGCUGGAUGCGAGAGUGGGAGCUGACAGCCCCACAGGUGACUUCCUGUAGAAUCCCAGACCCCAGCUUGGCAGCUCCCCCCCCCCCAUUCAGCUUCCUCCUACUUACUCUGAACCCUGUCUUUGCAACUUCCUAUCUUAUGUACGGGGCAAGUAAAUCUCCCUCUCGCUUUCCCCUUGGACCCACUUUACAGAUGAGAAAAUUGAAGCCCAACCCAAUUUCCCUGGGGAGAAGGAAAUGGCCUAAAAAGACCCACAUCCCUCUCCAAUGCCUAGUCUUCUGGCCACACCCAUUACCCACCUUCCCCAAAGACGGGGGCGAGGACAGGGACAGGAGCCAAGGGGGCCUUAAAAACUCCAGGUCACCUGAUUUCCCAUCUGCCUCUGGGGGCUUGGGCGCCUGGGGAGUCACAUGAGGGUUGGGGAAGCAGCUCCUCCUCUCUCUCUCCGGCCUCCUGGAAUUUAUGCUGAAGCGAAUGCGCAACAUCUAACCAGUGGUUCUCAAAGUGUGGCCUAGAGAAUCCUGGGGGGUCUCGGAAACCCUUUUAGAGGGU